AGCCUGUAGCGUUUCUCCGCAUGCCAGCGCAGAGCUGUUCACUAGAGCUGAAGCGCAGGUGGUCGGUCGGGAGCGCGCCUUGUAAAUACUUUGCGCUCCCUCAGUCCGUACAAUUGUAUAUCGAUGUAUAUAGAAAAAUACUACUAAGUUAGAUGCUAAAUAUUUUCACGAAAUAUAUUUUUCCACAAGUGCAUAAGGAAUGACUUGUAAAUGCAAUUGUGAAAGGAGAGAGAAUUUGUCUUUGCGUUAAGACAGGUUAUCCUAAAAGUCCUUCUUCGAGACCUCAUAUACACACACACACAAAAACAGAGAUCCAGCAUCAUGGUGAUUAUGACAGGCAGCAGCACGGGCCCUCAGUGCGCUCCCGCCGGGGUCCGGCCUUUGCAGGUCGGCUUUUAUGAAAUCAUCAAAACACUCGGCAAAGGAAAUUUUGCUGUGGUGAAACUGGCCAGACACAAAGUGACAAAAACACAGGUUGCAAUCAAAAUAAUCGAUAAGACAAGACUGAACUCGGAAAACUUGGAGAAGAUCUACAGGGAGGUUCAGAUAAUGAAAUUGCUUAACCACCCUCACAUCAUAAAGCUCUAUCAGGUCAUGGAGACCAAAGACAUGCUGUACAUCGUGACAGAGUAUGCAAAAAAUGGAGAGAUGUUUGAUUAUUUGACGUCGAAUGGACGGAUGAGUGAAAACGAGGCUCGUAAGAAGUUUUGGCAGAUUCUGACGGCAGUGGAUUACUGCCACCGGCACCACAUUGUCCACAGGGACCUCAAAACUGAAAACUUGCUGCUAGAUGCCAACAUGAACAUCAAACUGGCAGACUUUGGCUUUGGGAAUUUUUAUAACGCCGGAGAUCCUCUGUCCACAUGGUGUGGAAGUCCACCGUACGCUGCCCCAGAAGUCUUUGAGGGCAAAGAAUACGAGGGACCACAGUUGGACAUUUGGAGUCUGGGUGUGGUUUUAUAUGUGCUAGUGUGUGGGUCCCUUCCAUUUGAUGGUGACAGUCUUCCUGCUCUGCGACAAAGAGUUACAGAGGGCCGCUUCAGAAUACCAUUCUUCAUGUCACAAGACUGUGAAAACCUGAUUCGAAAGAUGCUGGUGGUUGACCCAGCCAAGCGAAUUACUGUGGCCCAGAUCAAGCAGCACCGCUGGAUGUUAGCAGACCCCAGUGCACCCCACCAGACCCUCUCCCUGUCCCUUUCUGACUAUAACUCCAAUCUGGGAGACUACAGUGAACCUGUUUUGGGAAUCAUGCAGACCCUAGGCAUUGACAGACAGAGGACUGUGGAGUCUCUCCAAAACAGUAGCUACAACCACUUCUCAGCAAUCUAUUACCUGCUGCUGGAAAGAGUGAAGGAGCACCGUAGCCAGCAGCUCAGCCGCCAAUGUGGGGCCUGGAAUCCAAGAUCCAGGACGACAUCUGAUUCCUCAACCCCGGAGGUGAUUAUGGAGUCAUCAGACAUCUUCAGGACUUCUGCCUUUUCUGCUGCCACAAAGGUGAACAGUCCUGUCCAUUCAGAGAUGGAGUGUGAACAAGGAGGCCUGUUUCAGCGCGUGGUGUGCCCGGUGGAAGCCAGUCUGAACGGGCUCUUAUGGAACCGAUCCAUCUCACCCAACAGCCUGCUGGAGACCACUAUCAGUGAAGAAGUGCGUCCUCAUGACCUUGAAGAAGAAGAGGGACUGCUGCAGGUCCAGCCUCCCCAUCUGCCCAGCACCACAUCUCGCAGACACACUCUGGCAGAAGUCUCUGCACGAUUCCACCAAUGCAAUCCACCCUGUAUAGUGGUUAGCCCAUCAGACGGUGCUGCUUCAGACAGCUGUUUGAAGUCUUCUUCCAACCCAAACCCAGCUCUUUCAAAUGCUAUAGGGGACCUUUCCAAGCUGUUUAAUUCUGGGACUGGCCCCAGGGCGUUAGCUCCUACUGGAACACCCCUAGCUUUGUCCUCCAACCUGCUAUUGCAGAACCAAGGAAGUAUGCUUGCAGCAAGCUUUCAAGAGGGCCGCAGGGCUUCAGACACCUCCCUUACGCAAGGACUGAAAGCAUUCAGACAGCAGCUGCGGAAGAACACUCGUACGAAAGGCCUGCUAGGGUUAAACAAAAUUAAAGGUCUGGCACGACAGGUGUGUCCUCCGACUUCAUGCUCGAGGGGCAGCCGGGGUUCACUUGGCCCAAGUAUGUGCCCACCCUCAAGCCGUAGCAUGCUGGAAGAAGUUCUGCACCAGCAGAGGAUGCUACAGAUUCAACACCAACCUCAGCCCCAAGUCCAGUCUCAACCCCAGCAGUCCAUGCUGUUCCUCUCACAGUCUCUCCCCUCAUCUCCUCCUUCUAACAAUCUAUUUGCCCCAGCCGCCCUCUUUUCCAACCCCCCCACUCAGCCUAUCCUCCCUCCAUGCCAACAGACCUCCAUCGCCGUCCAGCACAACCUUUGGCAACAGCCUCUCGACUCAUCUUCCACAACCCUGUCUCCUGUUGCUUCUGCUGCCCAUCUUCUGGAAGCUCGUCUGCACAUCAGCCAGCACCCACACCUCCAUUCGCACCCCCAGACCCAACAGCACCUGCAGAUCCACUCCACCAUCCAGCCCCAGGGGCCUUUCGCCCUCCUGUCCCACCAGGCCAGUUGGAGCCUGAACACCAGCAUUGAUCCAGAACGGGAAGUCCAGGAACUGGCUUGUGCUGGUCAAAGGCAGCAGCUUAGCAGCUGUGUCAUGGUUAAGUAAAGAAACUGAAAAGACUUCUUAGAAGAUUGAUAAAUUUAGAGUGAUGCUGAGUGCCUCCACCACUCUUGAACGAAUGGUCCAGAUGGAGCCAAUGGUGUUGAGAACAUUUGCAUCAGAACCAGUGAGCAAUGAGACACUGUAGUUUUCUAAUACAAAGAGAAGACAAUUGUAAUAUCUCUGGAACAACAAACAAUUCCACGUUUGUGUCUAUGUGUGUUGGAAUGACCAGAGAAAACAAGAAGCAAUAACCAAACUCUUCAUUGAGCCCAAAACCCUUGCCAAGUGCUCCUGUCCACACAGCAAUAACGGACAGGACACGAAAGCAGGGAAUUAUAGUGUUUCUUAGUUUUAAUCAAUUUGUGAGUGGGUCGACUCACAUAUAAAACUUGCCUCCAUAAUCUUAAAUGAUUAUGUCAGAGACUUUUGUUUUUCCUUUAUACAAGUAUGAACAUAGGAUUGUUGUCUUCCAUAGAUUUUCCAAGGAUUUCCUUUCAGGGUUUUAGGUUUUUUUUUAAUUUAGUUUCUUUCCAAAGAAGACCAAAGUUGAUUGCUUUUCGCAUUCGUUUUAUGCCUCUUUGAUUUCUUUCCUAGAAGUUCUUGAUACAGCAUACAGUAUCCCAAACUUCCAAAAGCAAGAUAAAAUACUGUAGUUGUGUCUGUAAUGUAAAAACAUGCAUUGUGCAACUUAGCCAAGCUAUUUGGUCAACGCUUUGCAUAUGAGGCGAUCAGAAGCCUCUUACUAUGAGGGGUAAAUAAAGACAAAUACGAGUAAGCUAGAUAUAGUGUAAGCACAAAAGGUACUGCGUAAGAGGUUUACUUAGACAGUUGUGUGAAUGUGUGUCUUUGUCCUUGUGCUUUUGCUGUUUGUGACAUUGACGUCUAUUGCUGCUUUAUGUUUUAUCAGGUCCAGACAAAGACACUAGACAAUUGCAUCAUACAAAUGUGCACCAACCAAUGACUUAUGCUUAAUGAAAUUAGGAGACUUUGUCUGGCUUAGUUAUUCAGAAAUCUCUUCCGUCAGAUCUCUACCUCCUGCAUAACUGAUCAUUCACCUCAGAAGGCUGUAGUUGAAUAGACACUGUAUGAGUAUAAGUUAGGCCCAUUAUAAUUCCCCCUGACCAUUAUUGGUGUACAUUUGUUUGUUUGUUUAGUUUUUUUUUUCAAGACAGUGAACAAAGAUUAUGACAAUUGUGCAAAACUUCCCUUUUGAAAUGUAGAACCAGGGCAAGAAGCUGUUGUAGGAAAGCGAAUGGUACUAAAAGCUUAAUCGUUUUAUUUGAUUAUUUCCUAUUUAGAAAGUUUUUUUCUAUUUGCAAUGAUUGUACGUACAGGAUUUUAAAAAAUAUGUAUUAGCAUAGGAAAUAAGAGCUUGCCGAUUAUGUACGGCUCACGUGACACAGGUUGCCUUCGCAUCAGGUUGGCUUUGCAAAAGUAGGAAAAGCCAAAGAGCAAGAAAGCACAGGAGAUAUUACUGCUUUUUCUACCAAUGUGAUAGUCAUGAAAAGCUCUCUGUUUAUCGAAGUGUAGCGCUUUUGAAAUCUCCCAAAAGCUACAAAGAUACAGUAGCUGCCUCCUCUAGCUAACAAAUAUUUGAUAAGCAAUUGUUUUUAGAGAGCAGGUCAGAGAUGGACCAUGCAUUUACGUACUAUUGUAUUUUUUAUUUCAAAUGCACAUAUAGAUGCAUACACUCAUAGCUGUAGCAAUAGAGUUGAAUUUUAUACUAGUACUUACUUUCUAAGUUUGCUCACCAGACAUUGCAUCUAGGUGCUAGAAGUAGAAGCAUAUGGGUUUGCGUCUCGUUUAUAUGAAAUAAUCGUAUGUGUUAUCAAUGUCGAAACUCAGUUUUGCUUGAGGCACUGUUUCUAAAGCCCUAAAUGAUCCUAGUGCAUGUCUGUCUAUGUGAAUUCAACAUGUAUGUGCAAUGGUUUCUAGUAGUUUAGAAAAUAACUGUACUGUGUUGUUUCCUGAUUUGCUAAAAAAUUACAGUGUUUGAAACCAAUUCAGAAAAAGAUGCUAAUGGAAGAAACAGUGUUAAGCAUUUUCUUCUUCGCUGCUCACCACCAACACUUGUGCCUUUUUCUGAACAAAUUUAAUGGUGGUGAAACUUUGAUUUUAAUUCUGCAGAGGUGAAAAUCGCGCCAUUUUAAAUUUUCAUUUAAUUUUUUUUUUACGAUAAUGCACUUUACAGUGAUGACUGCUUAUGUUAAAGAAUAGUGUUUGUUUUCACUGCUGGUUUAGAGAAGUCUGAGGUUAAUUUAAUGUAACGUUUGAAACACUAUGCUGUGUUGCAAAACCUUUUUUUUGUAAUUUUGUUAUAUUUCUCUUGAUUUGCUUGUAUGUGUGCUCACAAAGAAAUUAGAGAAAUUAUACAUGGUUGUGUGAAAGUACAUGAGAGAUAAUGUUGUAUUUAUGUGGCUAUUUAUUUGAAUAAAAAUUCACCCCUUGAA